CCCCAAACGUAUUUGAGUAUCUGGUCAAUAAUCCUCGUCAGAAGGCGAUUAGAUCUACGAGAGGAAAUAAUCUAUCAAAAUAGCCCUCUGGGAAACGAAAUCAACACACAGGUCUACGUCUACAGAGUAACGAGCAUUUCGUAAUACUGGAUCCUUCAACAGUAAUAAAUCCUUAUGAUAAAUUUCGCCUGAAUAGGUGACAAUUUUCAAGUUUGUUACCACAAUUCAGUCCACAGUGGCUGCGGAAACGUGGGGACUGAGGGCCAAUGUCCUCACCACAACCCAACCCUCUCGUGUCCAUCAUCUCCCCAUUUUAUAUUUAUAAACCUAACCCCCUCCCAUGCUAACAUCUCCAAAUGUCCCCACACCUUCCCCGGGCCACUGUUAAGUCUAUAAUAAUUACACUUGUAUUAACCUUCCAUAUUUUUUAGAACAAAUGGACCCAUUUGAAAACGUUAAUCACUCCAAUCUCUUUCCAUUCUCCACCUCGGAGAACGACGCUGAGAUCGAGUUAAAUCCAACAGUCCAUGUUCCUGAAUUUUACGACGUACUGCUCGCAACGGUUCGCCGUUCGGACCAUAUCCAACCGGAACCGCCCCGUUUCGGUCCGGUUCACUUGGAGCGAACUGGACCAUACGACCUGGCAGGGCCGUCAUCGGAGUCGACUUUGACCGCAUACUCAUCAAAUUUUCUUACCUUACAAGAAGAUCUUGCCCUUCCAGGACAAGACCACAUCGACCAUAUGGAAUUAUCAGGUGUGCACUUAUCCACUGUCACGUCCUCAUUGCAUGACUACGAGUCACCUAUACCACCGCCACCGUCGUCUACUCCGGUAACUGAUAUGCUCUUAUCAUACGUAACUGAUAAUAACUCCGAUCCAGUCCAGAUUUUUGAAACGUUUUUAACUUGCCCAACUGAGCAUGACUCACAACCAGCGCAACGCGUUGAUACGCUCUUAUCUUCUACACCACCACCACCACCUAAGAGGCCUCGGGGACGACCACCUAAUCCGAAUAAACGCGACCCAACUAAAAUCAUUCGUAAAAUAAGAGCACAUCAAAUGAAACCCACUACGAAACGGAUCCGUCAAGCGAAGGCAGCCUAUGAGAGACGCCUAAGGAAGAAGGAAUUCGACAAGAAGCUGCUCGCCGAAUUGGCCGCUAAAAACGGGGAAAUUGCCAACCUUAAAAAAGCCGCCAUUGAACAGAAAGAUUUGAAGGAACGCAACAAACAACUGCGAGCCGACCUGGCGGCCAAGACAGAAGAAAAUGUCAGCCUGAAAAAAACCCUUGAACAGAAGAAUUUUGAAAUUGCAGAUUAUAAAAAUCGAUUAUGGAACGUCCAAAAUGCUUUAUUUCCGCCAAUCCAAGAGAAUUAUGGGUCAUCGAUUGAGGCCACAAAUCUGGACCUUCAUAACUUCGAAUAAAUCCAUUUUCACGAUUGCGAUGUAGUAAGUAAUUUACACAUUCCGCCUUAGUAUUUAAUAUUUUAUAUCUCAAUUCAUUACAGCAAGUCACGUAAUUUUCAUGUACCCAAAUGCAUAAAUCUCACAAUGCCCAUUUCCGGCGAUACGAGCCCUCAAUAUCAAUUCUUCCUAUUUAUUUCGCAAAUGCGAAAAAAUACAUGCGAAAUGAAGUGACUUUCUGUAAUGAACGAAGUGUAUUUAGAAUCUAAUACUGUAUAUCUACGUAAAAAUUGUAUUCAAAAAACGUUUCCUGGAGACGAACAAAAUUUCCGAAAUAACUUAUUAUAAAACUUGCCAUAAUUUUAUUCCCGAAAUGAAAUUAGUCACUCAAAUCAUAAUCAACUGGUCAAGAUGUUGUUCAAAAAGUAACAAAACCUUUGACGAAAUUAUUUAUUUAUGUAAGCUGGUCUUUUAAGUUAGACUAUUCAACUACAUAAUUUAAUAGAUCAAGAUCAAGGAUUGAGACACAUUUAAGAUACAUUUUGUUCAGAAUUUAUGACCCUUUCGAAACCUUAUACACAUUACCAUAAGUUUAAAAACCAUACAGUAAAAUUAAGUAUGCAAAUUAUUUUAUAGUGUAUGCUGUAUGUUGUAGUUAAUUAAUUAAUUUAGUGUCAAUGUGACGCACCUACUCUUAAACUGAAAUAGUGAGUCACCAUUUCAAAAUCACGCGUUCGCGAAAUAACCACGUCGAAAGCCUGUAUCGUCGAAAAUGUGCAUUGUGAGAUUUAUGAAAAUGACUCACCAUAUUAGACGGAGAGUAGGUCGUACAAAUUUACAUGUGUUGUUCUAUCCGAAUAAAGAAACUUUAAAUAAUUUA